AAAACCUUUCAGCCCUCACUUUCGGCGUCGGGCUAUACUGUGUAUCCUUCGUCUUUGGUUAGCCCACCUAACUGACUUAUCUCUCUGCCUGCUAUAUCCUUUUUUCUUGUAUUUUUUUUUGUAUGUACACCUGCUAAGGCUCUGGUUUCUGGCAAACAUCGGAACGCUUGCUGUUCUCCGCGCAGUCUGGAUCACAUCCGCCGCAUUAAGAUACAUACCUCCACCUCUAGCUAUACCUACCUCCACCUAGCUUCACGAUUUACGAUACGAGACAUACGAACCCUAUAAUUCUUUUUCUUUUUGCCGGGAAAUGUCCCACCUUACCUCCCUUUGAUGGCGCCGCCCUAUUGACCUAAACUGCGAGGACCGUCGUGAAGGUGAAAAGUUACAAUGACGAGGGAUGACGGCCGCAUCACCUCCUUCGCGAGUUCCAGCAGUGGACACUCAAACAUUACAUUGAAACCAACCGUUCCUAGUCGUUCGGUUUCCGUCUCCUCGGCCUCGACUAAAGCUACGCCGAAGCCCAUCAAGACUGGCGACCAUGUCAAAAUCAGACAAUUUAAGGAAGACAUCUCGCCGACAGCCUCCGGUCAUCGCAUUGCCUUGUCGCCCUCCUCGACCGCAUCUAGCAGUUCCCUCCUCGACAGUCGCCGCAUGAGCGACCUUACGAACUAUCGUCGCGAUCUUGCCGUCCUCGAUCCGUCCGGUGGUCGUGUUCCACAAAUUCAACGAGAUCCCCCGAUGGCUAGUCCGAACGCCCAGAAUAUAGCUCCAUGGAUGUCCGUGAACGGCGGCGCGGCCGCGUCCCCGACCGGCUUUGGUACGAGCUUCUAUAAUGAUUCGAGCGACAAUGUCUCUACUGCCUCACAAUUAUCGCCGGCCCUUAGAAUUGGUUCUUCGAGGAAUGCUCAAGCUUCGAGUAAUGAUUCUCCCGAUGCGGCGUAUUUUACUGAUGAUAGGCGGCCAUCGGCGGCCAGCGUGACAACGGCUAGUAGCCAAGGUUCGAAAAAUAGUGGUAGCAGAGGCGGGUUCAAGAAAUUACAGGGGUUUUUCGGGGAAGAUUUCCCAGGACGCGACUCGUCCGAGACCAGCCUUCCACCACCACCAUCUUCCCAAAAUCCAGGAAAAGAACAGCGCUCUUAUUCCUUUAAUCGGCCGCGUCGAGGAAGAAACGAUUCCAACGCCACUGACCACACUAGAGAACCGUCCCCGUCAUCCUCCCGACCGCGAACGCCCGUGCCAUCGAGCGAAGUAGUCCCAUUUUUAUAUCAAGAGGCUAAUGAUAUUGCUAAAUACGGUGAAGCUCCAGUUCGUGAUAUGUUAGCCGGCCCGGACAAAGAGCGGUAUCAGCAGGAGGCUUUCGGGCAGAUACCGCCGAAGACUUCCUCCUCGCAGCGCUCCGGACACUCUAUCGUGCACCUAUCUAAUCAUCAUCGUCAUCAUAAAAGCAAUGAUGAUCCUAACACGCUCAGACCUGUAGCUAGCCGCGAAGACUCGAUCCUGAGCACGGCUAAUAUGAAGGACAGAGGAGGAUCCAUGCCGACAGCGUCGCGAUCGCGAGCACAGAGUCCUACUCCAAGCAGCAAUAGUACCGGUAGUAGGCUCGCAUCUAUCGAUGGCCAGACGUCGCCUGGUGCACCCGGGAAACGGGGUAUCUUCGAACGCUUACGACGCCACAAGCAUAAGGAUGACCACCGCUUACGAGGCAUGCCUACUUCCACACGGUCUCUCGCGCCAUCGUCGUCGCGACUUGACCUAUCGAAAGCUCAGCCGUCGUACGAUAAACCGCUACCGAGUCUAGAUUCUCCAGGUCCUCCAGUCCGUCCAAGCAAUCCUCGGCAAGCGACAUUUAAUAACAAAUUUCCUUUCGCUAAGAAGGGGCGUCCGCACAAGGCCUACGAUGACCCCGAUGAGCACAUUGGUCCGACUGAUAGAAACGAUAGGGGCAUGGUGUUCCAUCUCGAUACGAAUCUUAACGAUAUGGAAGGUAUCUUGGCACAACCGCAGCCUCUAACGCCCAUGGAUAGUUCGACGAUGUUCCAGCAAUCGGAUUUCGAGCUGGUGGAACCAGUUUCGGCACAGGGAAAUGGAGCAUGGAAUGCGCCAGACAGCUGGGCUGUCCGUCGUAACGCAGAAGAGAGGGAUGUUCAUGCGCCGGAGGUCGACGAUGUUGGAACACCGCCUCGGCCAGAAGAGAAGUUGAGCCCUCACUGCAUACGAGUAUUCCGAGCCGAUGGUACCUUUGCUACAGUGCAGAUGCCCUUGAACUCGACUGUGACCGACGUUAUGGCGCAAGUCGUUAAGAAAACUUUCGUCACCGAAGGCCUUGAGAACUACCAUAUUGUGUUAAGGAAGCAUGACUUAUCCCGAGUCUUAUCCGCUCCGGAGAAGCCACUCCUGAUCCAGAAGAGACUGUUGCAGCAGGUUGGAUAUGAAGAGAAAGAUCGCUUAGAAGAUAUCGGUCGAGAGGACAAUGGUUACCUAUGCCGUUUCUUGUUUUUGUCGGCGAGGGACAAUCAUUUCCAAAUGAGUCCACAGGACCUCGGAUCUGGUAGGGCCACGAAGUUUAAUCACGUUGAUCUCUCUGGACGAAACCUAAUCACGAUCCCGAUAACCCUCUAUUCUAAGACUGGCGAUAUCAUCUCUCUGAAUCUUUCCAGGAAUCUUUCACUCGAUCUCCCGCGAGACUUCGUCCAAGCAUGCCCUCAACUACGCGACAUCAAGUAUUCUAAUAAUGAAGCCCGGAAACUUCCUAUCAGUAUUGGAAGAGCAGGUCGGCUCACAUAUCUUGAUGUGUCUAAUAACCGCUUAGAGGACUUGGAUCAUGCUGAGCUUGGUCGUCUCACGGGGUUGUUGAAGCUGAGCUUAGCGAACAAUCGUCUGAACCGCCUACCUCAGGAAUUCGGCCUUUUCAAGUCUCUCCGGUCUCUGAAUCUAUCUUCGAAUUUCUUGGAAAAGUUUCCAGUUUUCUUAUGUGACCUGGAAAGUCUGGUAGAUAUCGACGUGAGUUUCAACUCGAUCUCAUCUCUCCCCGAUGAGAUCGGUAAGCUCCGGAACCUCGAAAAAUUUGUCAUGACCAACAAUAGGCUCGCGGGAUCAUUGCCAUCCACGUUGAGAGACCUCAUAAAUCUCCGAGAAUUGGACAUCAAAUAUAACACGCUAACCGCCAUUGACAUCGUAUCCGAAUUGCCCAAGUUAGAAAUUCUGUCGGCAGACCACAACACGAUAUCCCAGUUUGUCGGCUGUUUCGAGCGAGUCCGCAAUCUGAAGUUGAAUUCCAACCCCAUCACUAAGUUCGAAAUAACCAGUCCUGUGCCUACUCUUAAGCAGCUCAACCUGUCGAACUGUCAACUUGCGAGCAUCGAUAGCUCGUUCAACAAUAUGAUCAACUUAGAGAGACUUGUUUUAGAUCGCAAUUAUUUCGUGUCUCUCCCCAAUACCAUUGGUAACAUGAGAAGGCUAGAUCACUUCAGCAUCGCCCACAAUUCAGUGGGCGAGUUGCCCCCAGAAAUCGGUUGUCUGAAUGAGCUAAGAGUCCUGGAUAUCAGAGGGAACAACAUUAGGAAGUUGCCAAUGGACAUAUGGUGGGCGAACAAACUGGAGACGCUCAAUGCUUCCUCCAAUGUACUCGAGAAUUUCCCAAAGCCUGCUUCACGUCCGCCUCAAACGCCCGGGGAAUCUUCAGGCACUCCUACUCCCAGCAACAAGACGCUAACGGGAGCCUUGUCUCAAACAUCCAGCUCCGAAGAUCUAAUGCCCGAUGGGUCUCGACGACCUAGCCAAGCUUCAAGCACUUUGCUCAGUGUGGGGCCUUCUCCUGUCCCUAACGGCGCGGACCGUAAGAGUUCUGUCGUAUCAGUCUACGGAAAGGGAGGCCGGAAAACUUCGGUCGUCUCGAGAGCCACGACGGCUGGUAGUAGUAUUAAUGGGACCAUGACUCCGUCCGCAACAUCGAGAAAAGAUUCCGGGCUUUCCAAUCGGUUGACCAACACGUUCGCCGGCUCAUUAAGAAAUUUAUGUCUUGCCGACAAUCAGCUCGAUGAUGAUGUAUUCGAGCAGCUUAUACUCCUAGCAGAAUUACGCGUUCUCAAUUUGUCAUAUAACGACCUCAGUGAUAUGCCACAACGCUGCAUUAAGAACUGGCCUCAACUGGUGGAACUUUACCUUUCUGGUAAUGAUCUGACCAGCCUGCCGGUUGACGAUUUGGAGGAGUAUAGCUUGCUUCAGGUGCUUCACAUUAACAACAACAAAUUUACUAACCUGCCGGCGGAUAUCUCACGGGCUAAAAAAUUGGCCGUGUUGGAUUGCGGAAACAAUUCGCUAAAGUAUAACAUUUCAAACGUACCAUACGAUUGGAACUGGAACUUGAAUCCAAACUUGCGAUUUCUCAAUUUGUCAGGAAACAAACGUUUGGAAAUCAAGCAGACAAAUCUUGGUCCAGGGGCUGUCAAUCGCGAGCAAUACACUGAUUUCGGACGACUGCUGAAUCUCCGUGUGCUCGGAUUGAUGGACGUCACUCUCACCAACCCAAGCAUUCCGGACCAGAGUGAAGAUCGCCGUGUCAGAACAUCAGGUUCAUUAGCUGGCCAUCUACCAUAUGGUAUGGCUGAUACUUUAGGGAGGAACGAGCACUUGUCAACUAUCGAUCUAGUCGUUCCAAGGUUCAAUUCUUCCGAUUCGGAAACGCUUCUAGGCUUGUUCGACGGGCAAGCGCUAUCUAGCGGUGGCUCUAAGAUCGCCAAGUACCUUCACGAGAAUUUUGGUCAUAUUUUUACGAUGGAGCUGAAGGCUCUAAAGACACGCCAGAAUGAGACUCCUAUGGAUGCGCUCAGGCGUGCCUUCCUCGCCCUGAACAAGGACCUUGUCACCGUAGCUAUCGAGCAUACCGAGAAGAGGUCAUUAACGUCGCACCGUGGUUCAUCAGCACCAGUAGUCCUUAGCAAGGAAGAUCUCAACUCUGGGGGAGUUGCCACCGUCGCAUAUCUCCAAGCUCAAGAGCUCUAUGUUGCCAACGUUGGUGAUGCGCAAGCAAUGCUUAUUCAAUCCGACGGUUCACACAAAAUCCUGACUCGGAAACAUGAUCCUGCUGAGCCUAACGAGCGUCAACGAAUACGGGAUGCUGGAGGCUGGGUGUCGCGUCAAGGGAAGCUCAAUGAUUUACUCGACAUCUCUCGUGCCUUUGGCUACGUCGAUUUGAUGCCGGCUGUGCAGGCAGCUCCCAAUAUCACACAGACCUCGAUCACGCCGCAGGAUGAAACUAUCUUGAUAGCCACGAAGGAGCUAUGGCAGUAUCUUACCCCCGGCUUAAUUGUUGACGUGACCAGAUCAGAACGAGGCGAUCUUAUGCGUGCCGCGCACAAGUUGCGAGACCUUGCUAUCGCCUAUGGUGCAAAUGGAAAAAUCAUGAUCAUGAUGAUCAGUGUCGCCGAUCUCAAGCGACGCCAGGAACGGUCGGCCCGUCUGCACAGAGGGCAGAGCAUGUCACUAUAUCCUUCCGGCGUCCCAGACGAAUUUCAAUAUCCGAUCAAGCGAGGCAGAAAGGCAAAGGGCGAAGUGCAAGACUCUACACUACAUCGACUCGAAGCCGAAGUUCCCGCUCCCACUGAGAAGCCUUCUAUUGUUUUCACUGAUAUCAAGAACUCGACUAAUCUAUGGGAAAUGUAUCCAUCUGCUAUGAGAUCUGCGAUCAAACUACACAACGAGGUCAUGCGGCGGCAACUCCGGAGAAUCGGUGGAUAUGAAGUCAAGACUGAAGGUGACGCUUUUAUGGUCUCCUUCCCUACUGCCACCUCGGCUCUAUUGUGGUGCUUCGCCGUUCAAACUCAUUUGCUCAACGUUGAUUGGCCCUCGGAAAUUCUCAACUCAGUUUCCUGCCAAGAGACCUAUGACAAAGAUAACAACCUUAUAUUCAGGGGGUUAUCGGUCAGGAUGGGUAUCCAUUUCGGCGAGCCGGUAGCCGAAAUUGAUCCCGUUACACGCCGCAUGGAUUAUUUCGGUCCGAUGGUGAACAAGGCGUCUCGUAUAUCUUCCGUAGCCGACGGGGGUCAGAUUACCGUGUCAGCGGAUUUCAUUUCGGAAAUUCAGCGCUGUCUUGAGACAUAUCAAGAAGCUGAUCGUGUCGGGUCUACGGGUUCCGACGAUACAUUCGAUGACGAUGUCACAUCGUCAUCAAUCAGAAGGGAAUUAAAGUCUCUUAGCUCGCAAGGAUUCGAAGUGAAGGACAUUGGAGAGCGGAAACUCAAGGGUCUUGAAAACCCUGAGUACAUAUACUCACUCUAUCCGCAUGUCCUCGCCGGCCGUAUCGAACAUCAUAACAGCGCUGCGACGGCGGCUGAGGUUGCUGAGAAACCUGCUAUGCUUCAGGCUGGAAGUAAUCUUGGAAUUGAUCCGGAGAUCAUCUGGCCGCUCUGGAAAGUUAGCUUGCGCUUGGAAAUGCUUUGCAGUACCCUGGAAGAAAUGUCCGGCAGAGGCUUACAGCCUCCCGAGACUGAACUCUUAGAGCGUAUGAUACAACGCGGGGGCGAGGUCACCGACCGGUUCUUAUUUAACUUCAUGGAACAUCAAGUGAGCCGUAUAGAGACCUGUAUAUCCACGCUUACGAUGCGACACAUUGCCAUGGGCAGCGGCCCUAUCCACUCACUAGACGAUCUCCGGACGCCAAUGGCUGUCGUACUUGACAAUCUCGCUAUCCAGAUGGCCGAGCUCGAGAGAUAUAAGGCCAAGUUUGGAGACCUCCCCACUGAUAGCGAAGAUGACGAGAGCGACGUCAAUGAGGACUGAAUCUAACUGGCUACGCCCUUGGCACCCUUCCACACUUCUAUUCCCCUGUAUUAUAUUACUACAACAUUUGUUUCUCGUUUCUU